UAAACCCUAAUUUCGCUUCCUCUUUGAUUCUUGGACAUCCAGAUUUCGAGUCUGCUCGAAUUUUUCUUGAGUUCUGGUAUGAACUUUCUUGCAUUUUUCACAUUUCGGGCAUUGCAGAUAGAGGAUUCCAAAGAAGGAUGUCGGGGUUCGCAGUAGGCUACGCUUUGGCGCCAAAGAAGUGUCAGAGUUUCAUUCAACUAUCUCUGGUUAAUCUUGCAAAGGAACGCGGAAUUAAUCUCAUCCCUGUCGAUACGGAAAAGCCUCUAAUUGAUCAAGGCCCCUUUGAUUGUAUUCUUCAUAAGUUUUCUGGUGACGCAUGGAAGCAGCAGCUUCAGGAGUACUCGUUUAAGAACCCUAAUGUUUGUAUAAUUGAUCCUCCGGAAGCCAUCGAAAGGCUUCAUAAUCGGAUUUCUAUGCUCGAGGUGGUUUCCGAAUUGGAUAUCCCUAAGGAGGAUGAAACGUUCGGGGUACCUAAGCAGAUUGUGAUAUACAAUUCUGAGGCAUUGUUGGAUCCGGCAUCACUGGAAGGGCUGAGGUUUCCGGUGAUUGCGAAGCCGCUCGUGGCUGAUGGUAGUGCUAAGUCGCACAAGAUGUCACUCGUAUUCAACCGUGAUGGAUUGAGCAAACUGAAACCACCGAUCGUUCUGCAAGAAUUUGUGAACCAUGGUGGGGUUAUCUUUAAGGUCUAUGUUGUUGGUGACUACGUGAAAUGCGUGAAGAGGAAGUCAUUGCCAGAUGUCACGGAGGAGAAAUUGGGGAGUUUCGAGGGAACUUUGUCAUUCUCGCAGGUAUCGAAUUUGACCACUCAGGAGAGGAAUGACGAUAACUAUUAUGAGACCAUGCAUUUGGAUGAUGCUGAGAUGCCACCACUGAGCUUCAUUACUGGUAUUGCCAGAGGGUUGAGACAGGCUAUGGGUUUGCAUCUUUUCAAUUUCGAUGUCAUUAGGGAUUCAAGAGAUGAGAAUCGUUACCUUGUGAUCGACAUUAAUUACUUCCCUGGAUAUGCCAAGAUGCCCUCGUAUGAGACCGUUUUGACGGAUUUCUUUUAUGAACUGCAUUGCAAGAAGCAGAAGCAGAAGCAGAAGCAAUCAGGGGACUUGGAUGAGGAAGAGACCCCCGCCCCAAAUCCUCUGCUUGGUUGCAACAAGGAAGAUAGAAAGCUUGUAAGUAAUACUUGUUGCAACGAUGGUGAUGAUGGGACAAUCAGUGUUCCUCCUCUAACUAGGGAUGAAAAGGGGAGCACCGUCCAAUUCUGAGGGACUUCUAACUCUGAGGAAGUUUACAUGCAUGUGGUGUAAGGCACUUAUGAACUUGGCUGGAUGGAAGCAAACUGGAGGUCCAAUGGCAAGGAAUAGGUUGAUAGCUUCAAAUUUAAACCUCGCAAUACCUUUGUUGGUGUUGUAUUUUCAUCUUGUAUGUUCUGCUCUGUGCCAGAGAUAGGAAUUUCUGAGAUACUUCAAGUUUUAGGAAGUUCAAAAGUGCUUUUUAAGUUUGUAGUUCCAUGCUUGGAGAAGUUCUAGCCAAUUUUGGCACCUUUAAUGCAUGAUUUUUCCAUUUUAUCCA